CUCUGCUCUAUAAAGGCGGGAGCUCCAGAUGGUGGAUACACACCGCUGGCAGGACAACGGUUCUCUUCCGAACCAUACGGAAUAAAAGCCUACAUCUACUUUUACAAAUUUUGCAACAUUCUUACUGGAUAUUUAUUGAUUUUUCUAUAUCAAACAUGGCGGACAGUAAAGUGGAGAGCAGCGGGGAAGUCAGCGCCAAGGAGCUGAAGGAAAAGAAACAGGCUGAAGAGACAGAGAAUGGAGAGGAUGCUGCUGCCAAUGGCAAAACUGACGAGGAGAAUGGUGAGCAGGAGAACGAGAUAGAGGAGGACGAGGAGGACGUGGGAGAAGAGGAGGAGGAGGAGGAUGGAGAGGGAGAGGAAGAGGACGAUGAAGAAGAUGACCUUGAUGGGCCAACAGGAAAGAGAGCAGCUGAGGAUGAUGAUGACGAAGAGGAUGAAGUGGAAACCAAGAAACAGAAGACGGAUAAGUAGAGUCUGCAGCCAGAGCUGGUCUGGAGGACGACACCAUCAAGAGACAGCCAGUUUUCCAGCAAACCUUCAACACCUCAGUCCUCCCUUCUUAACAAGAAUAGUUUUAAAAAGAGAAUUUGUUUGUAUUUUUAUUUACAUUUUAUAUUUUUGUAAAUAUUGUAAGGAGGUUGGCCAUUUGCAAUAGUGAUCUUUCUGGGUAUUGAGUGGUGCUUUGGAUUUUAGAUCCAAACUCGUCAUCAUAAGCCGUCCACAUUCUGUAUGAACCGACCAGAAGCAUUCAUCUCUCUCUCUCUCUCUCUCUCUCACACUCACACACACACACACACACACACAAACACACGCAUGUCCAAAAAAACACACUCUCCCCCUGGGCUUUUUUAAAAAACUUUUACUACAAUAUAGGAUUCUAGGCUCAGUAGGAACAUGGUGUGUGUUGACCUGUAGUCACAUGGGACCAUUACAGUGACUCAGCACUCAGAGUGUGUAUUAGUGGUAGUUUUUCUGAAAUUCAAAGGCUGUAGAUUCUGCUGUCCAACUGUCUGUCAUGGACAGAUUAUAUUGUGCGUGCUUUUUUUGUUGAACAAUUAUCAGUCAUUUGACUGUUUGUUUGUAAGUGUUACCUGUCAGAGGUUAAAUCUACCUGCAGUAAAAAGAAAGAAGAGAAUCAGUGCUGUGUGAUCUUUUCAACAGGGAGAAGUGCUUUGAUGUGACUUCCACUGGUUGCAUGUCCACAGUUUCAAAAUAAUAGUCAGAUCACAGCUGAUUUAGAGAACUGGUUAAUAUGGUUGAGUAUUGUAAAACACAAACUGGCACAUGAACUGUUGAAGAAUCUCUUCAUACUUUCCUUUCAAAAAAUAUUCAGCUUGUCUCGUUGCACCUGUCCUGGUUGACAGUUUCAAUAAAGUUUGUUCAAAAUCA